AUGCGUCGCCGAUUGCGGCCCAGUUCCUACGCCAUCCUUGCGGUGCUAUGGCUCAUCUUGUUGCAUGCUACUCAAGCAGCACGGUUUCCACAAUCCGUAGACCAAGCGGUGCAAGACUAUCGCCAGCGGCGUGACGACCUCAUCCAAGUUUUUGUUGAUCUCACCGACACGCAGCCACUUGAAUACACAGUCGUCGAGCCACCACCGCCAUGCACCAACCCGCGCGGCUGCCGCGGCGGCACGGGCAGUCCCAAAACGGUCCACAAGUCCCACGCGUUUGGUUCCUUCAAGGACCACGGAAGCAGACAUAGCUUCCGUCGCAUGGCAGCCUGGCUGUUGGCUUAUAAGAGACGGUACCAAAAGAGCGGCGAUUAUCGAGACCUCAUGACGAAUCCAAAGCCACUCAUCGAUGCACCGACCAUGGUGGCAAAUUGGACCAAGACGAUAUACAAGUAUGCGAGGACCGGCACGGACACGAACGGAGGACCGGCAGACUAUGACAUGGUUCUGAAGGAGAUGGUGAUGUUCUUGUAUCUCUUCCAAAAUGAACCCACCCUCUUAAGCAACGAUGCGGCCUUCAACAUAUUAGACAAAGGUCUUGUUUACCGCGGCAACGAUUGGGGCUCGCAUAUGCGCUUCAAAAUCGACUUUGUGGGCACCUACCCUGAGACUGAAAAUCAUGUCCUCAUGACACUCUCGAGCAUGUAUCUGACCAACCAGUGGAUUUACAACAACCCCCGAAAGGACCCGAGACUCACCAAAGGCGCGUACGUGAAGAGGAACGACUUCAAAAACUCGGCGUCAUUCGAGGAAAUGCUGCUGCAGGCCAUGGCGCGCAUCGUAUACUCGGACUACUUUGAGACCAACGCGCGACCGUACCAGUCCUUCUCGCUGCACUCGCUAUUCAACCUGUUUCUGUUUGCCGACAGCGCCGCGAUCCGCGAGGGCGCGCGCAACGCUAUCGACUUCACGCUGACCAAGUUCGCGUUCCAGUCGUACGAAGGCAAGCGGCUGGCGCCGCAGCGGCGCCAGUCGCUGUACCGCAACAGCAUGUCCAUGUACGCCAACGACGCCACCACGUUCGUGGCCGGCGUACUGUCGGGCUACUACGCGUGGAACGACACAGUCACCCUCGUGCCGUCGUCGUCACCCGCCCGCAUCAACCUCGACGCCUACUUUCCAGCCGCGUACAACGGCAACGGCAUGGGCCACAUGCUCUGGGCGGCCCUGUCACAAGACAGCAACCUGCUAGGCAACAAGACGUACGCGGUGCCGCGGGCGGUGCACGACUUCAUGCUGCGCAAGCGGCGCGCGUACUGGGCGCGCAUGCAGGCGCGUUUCUACGAGCGCAACUAUGCCAAGCACCACUGGCCGCGGUACUUUGUCGACGGGCCGUCGUCCAAGAUCUGGGCCGACGGGCCGGUUGAGUGGGCGGCCGAGCUGUACUACGGCGCGAGCCACGUGCUCAACGUGGCCGGGGGCCGCCACAACGACUACCCGCUGACGGGCUGGGGCGACGCCUACAUGUACGACUUCACGCCCAAGCCGUCGUACGUUAUGCCCGGCGGCCACGUGCGAGAUUGGGGCGAGGGGACGGCGAAGAUGGCCGAGGACACGCUGCUGGCGACGACGGCAGCAACCGACGGCGCCAGCAACCUCGGCACGUACAAAGGCGUCACCUGGGCGUACGCGACCACGACCACCGAGAGGCCCGGCACCGGGAAGCUGCUCGAGCCGUUCCGCGUUCCGGCCGCCUGGAAGCGCGCCGGCGAGGGCCAGGACACCUUCAUCCCGCUGCCGGCGGGCAGCAACCCGAAGACGGCGCGCGAGGUCGUCUUCCGCUUCUACGACCGCACCACCACAACAGGCGACACAAAGACGGGUUACUACCUCGUGACGGCCGGGCUUAAGGUUGUCGCCGCGGGCCGGCAGAACAUCAUCCGCGGCUUCUGGGAAGUGGUGCCGCCCUCGCCACGCUUCGCGUCGCUCGCGGACGUGCAAGCGCACGUGCUGCGCAGCAACCCGUCCAACGGCGCGUUCGCGGCGUCGGCGUCGGCGUCGGCCUCGUCGCCGUCCUCGAUAUUAAAAUACAACUCGACAACCAACGAGGUCAUCGAGCUGUUCGCCGACGGCGGUCUCACAAAUCUUGGUGGCAUCGCCGGUGUCGUGCACCCCAACGGCACGCGCCUGCCGCUGCGCGACGUGCAUGCCGACGGCGCGGGCCGCGGUGCAGGCUUGCCGCUGAUCGACGUCGCCGAGCUGGACGAGGCUGGGCUGGCGACGGGGGUCAAGUAUGCCUAUUCGAAGGGCGACGGGUACCUCGUGGUGCGCAAUCCGUUUGUGGGAGACGUGCUGUGCAUUGACUCGCGGGAUUAUCGGCAGCCGAGGAGGGGGUGCUCGUAG